AAUUUAUGGAGGCCGGAAAUGAGUUUACGACGUUGGGAUGCAGGCGACUUUGUGAACUUUAAUGGACUUAAUCCUCGUAGCUUUAAAGCUGCAUUAGAUCGUGAGCUAUCUCAAUUUCAAGGUUAUUCUCAGCACGACAGUCAAGAGCUAAUGUCGGGUCUUAUUGACAUUCUGGUUGGAGCAGGCGCAGCCUAUUCACAGACAGAGGACAUAGAUUCGAAAACUGUGAAGCAGAAUGGUGAAUCGAAAUUGUGGAGGGAUCAUUGGAAGAUCUAUCAACAAGCAUUUUCAGCACCCUAUCGUCCUUUACACAAGUUAUUUCACGGCUUUGGUAGUGCUAGUAUAGAGUGUCUGACAUGCGGUGAGUUCAAUAUCAAAAUGGAGCCCAUAACGUUACUAUCCCUACCAAUAUUGAAUGACCAAAAUCAACCACUUACUUCUCUAAGCAAAGCUCUAGAAUAUUAUUUCAAACCAGAGAUCUUGGA